AUGUACUUCUUUCUUUAUAUAAUUACCCAACUAUUCAUAAUGAUUGCUAAUUCCACUCAAAUAUCAAAUAGAAUGUUUAGAUCGCAAAGAAUAAUCAUGCUUUCUAUCUUAGCGGCAUUUCUUAUGCUUUUAGGAAUUACCGGAUUUUCAGGACAUCAUAAUCUGGUUAUGGAAUCAAUGAAAACCGCCUCUAAUUCGGCAAGUGAUAAGAUUUCUGAAUUUUAUAAAGGUUCAAAUUAUAAAGUUGAUGAAAGUAAUAAAGAAGAUGCUAAAGCUGAUGCUGAUAAACUAGCCCAAUUAGAUGCUAAUAAACAAGAGGAAGCAAAAGAACAGAAAGAAGCUAAAGAAAAGGAAAAUUUACAAGAUGAACAAAUUCAACAUGAAGAUUCUCAAGUUAUUGGAUAA